CCCGCCUCGGACCAGCAGCACACCUGGACCACCAAGCGGCAGCAGCAGGUGAGGGCGAGGAGGACCCUGACUGUCAAACGCGGCGUGUGAAGAAGACACAGACUGGGUGGAGGAGGUGGAGGCUCAGACUCUAAAAAAAAUAAACAGGCAGCAUGGGUGAGGCACCAGUCAGAGAGGACGGUGCAGUGACACGAUCAGCAGAGUAUGUGGGCUCAUUUCCUGUGGAUGACCAUUGUUUGGAUGACCAGAUAGAGCAACUGCACACUCAGCUGAAGUCCCUUAAAACAUGCAAAAGGAAGAUGCCUGUGUCUAUAAAAUUUUCCAUCAAAGGAGUGAAAAUAUAUAAUGAGGAUGAAACCACGCUCCUGAUGGCUCAUGCCCUACGUAGAGUCUCUCUGUCCACUGCCCGGCCCAUCGAUGGCCAGUUUGCCUUCGUCUCACACAACCCAGGCAGCACUGAUGCCCAACUGUACUGCCAUGUCUUUCAAGCUAGGCAUGCCAGAGCGGCACAGUUCCUGAACCUGCUACUUUGCCGCUGUUUCCAGCUGUAUUACUUGGAGAAGCACCCAGAGGAGGCCCAGAAAGACUCUGUUGACUCAGUGCCUCGUCGCAACCCCUCCCUACUCAACCACGGCUUCCCUCUCAGUGUUAGUGCCCUGGUGUCGUUCAGAAGAGCCCCUUUUCAAGGAUUGCUAGGGACUAAGAAUCACAAGUCUGUUGAUGACCCGCACAGCAGCCCAGAUGAACUCUUCCCCACCUCCUCCCCCUCCCUGGUGCGCAAGAAAGUCAUCCGGAGUAAAGGACUGCGCUCUGGGGCUUACCGCUCCUUCACUUUCACACCAGUCAAACAGCGCAGUGUUCAGGAAGGACUGAGUGUGUCAAAAGUAAACGACCAAGACAAGAUGGCAUUAAGGAGAUCCCGCACCCCAAGCUUGGCCGAAACCGAAGAAGCAUUGGCUCAAGCUGUCUGGUGUUGGGCUGGCAUCGCAACUGACAGCAGCUACUCCCUGCUUGCAGACGAUGUUUUGGGAUCUUACCUCCUGUGCCCACAUCCUAAAAAGCCUGAAUGUGGCUCUCUCAUCAUUCGCUUGCCCUCUGGCCUGAUCACCCACGUCAUAGAAAACACUUGUAAAGGGAAAUUCCUGCUGAAGAAAUGCAAGACUGAAUUCAGUUCCAUACCAGAACUGAUUGAAUACUACACUGAGACUCAAGAUGAGCUGCCAUGUCUGCUGAGCUGGGCCAGGGUGAACCACUGUUAUGAGUGGGAGGAGAAAACCAGCAAGCAGGCUGUAAAUCCACACAGGAGCAGGAAGAAAGCCAAAAGUAAAAAGGAAUGGGUUUAAAACCUGGGCACUGGAACUUGUGGCAGCCUCUGAGGAUCCAAAAUAAGUGACACCUUUUUUUUCUUCUUGUGCACAUAUCUUACUUUUAAAUCACAUUUGGUGUUGUGGGGAGCCUUAAGAAACGGGAUAACACAAUGUACCUAUUAAAAGUGCUGCCACUUAUGUAUAUAGUAUGCACAUCAAGUGGUAAUUUCAUCACAGGGUACUUAUUUGUCAGAGGUGUCAUAUUUUGUGCUUGCUGCUUCUAAUGUUUGUGUAUAUAUAUAAUUUUUUAUUUUUUUAAAUAUUUUUAUUUGUGCCUAUAAGGCAUCAGUCGAGUUGAUUAGUGUUUUUAAGACAUGAAACUAACCACCUGAAACUAUGGAGUGGACCUGAACACAAAGCGACAACUGUUCUUAUUAUUCUUGCAUCAUAAAGAUGUUGAACAAAUAUAUUGGAUCAGAUUUUAUUGUUUAAUUGAAUUUUUAUCUUGCUUACACGUUACUCUUUGUGUUUUUAAGACAUUAGACCUGGAUGAUUUCAAGUUGUCUAUGUUUAAAAGUGUUUGUGUAACUGGUCAUUUGAACUGGUAAUGUUGUGUGCAGUUUAAUAUACGUUGCGUGCUGAUUUAAUCAGUGGUAAGAAAUUCGAUCUGCUCUGUGAUUUUGGACAUAAGAUUGUCCGUGAUCUUGUUUUCAGGUCCAAAAGUAGUUUGUAUCAUCUUUUCCACAUCAGGCAAGCAAACAUUUUCAUCUUGUACACCCGCUUGAGAUUAAAUCACAGGUGUGUUUUGUUUUCUUGGAAAAA